AUGGCAAGCCGUACCCAGGAGGACAUCGCCACCGCCCGGGGACCCGAUCAAGUAGUGUACUGGCAGAUCUACGCGAUGAGGGACCUUCGCAAAACUGAGCGAGAGAUCAAAAACGCCGUGAAACUAGGUUUCAAGGGAUUUGCUCUUACUGUAGAUGCGAUCCGUGCAGGAAAAAGAGAGCGCGACCUUCGGGCAGCCUUGCUUGAAGAAGCAGAAGACGACGAUGACCUUGCAGAUUCCGAUGGCGAGGCCGGGCUAUCUGGUAGCCCCACGGUGACCCGAGGCAUGAUGUGGGAAGAGUUCGAUUGGGAAUCUGCUCUGAAGUGGCUCCGAAAGCAGACCGACCUGCCUAUUUGCAUUAAAGGUAUUCAGAGCUGGCAAGAUGCAAAGCUUUGCGCGGAGUAUGUGGUAAUUCCGUGGCUAUCCAAUCACGCAGGCCGUCAAUUGGACGGAGCCCCCUCUGCCGUCGAAACGCUUUUGGACAUGCAACGAUUCUGUCCUGGGGUCUUUGAAAGAAGUGAAGUUAUAGUGGAUGGUGGAAUUAGACGAGGGACUGAUAUCCUGAAAGCAUUCGCUCUAGGAGCAACAUCUGUUGGCCUGGGACGGCCUUUUAUUUACGCAUUGGCUCUUGGGGAGCGAGGAAUAUCUCGAACCAUCCAGAUAUUGCGACAAGAGAUCGAGACCGGGAUGUCGUUGUUGGGAGUCAAUAAACUUAGCGAGCUAAAUCGCUUAUAUGACGAGGGUAUUGUUUCUGGAAUCUGGCACAUCGCAAUACUUGAGGGCGAGCAGAAGGAAUCCGGGCGGCAGUGUAAGAGCAUUGCGCAUGUUGAAAUCAUGGAAUGCAAAGCGCGACAGUGUUUCACAGGUCAGAAGGAACGUUAA